AUGGGAGGAAUAAACUGCUUCAGCCUAAGCACGAUAUGGUUUAAAAAACAUAGAGCAGUUGACAACCCUCGACCUGAUCAUGUCAGAGGUGAUGAUAAUCCGCCUCCUGAUCUCACAUUAGUUCGCAAUACUCUUGUUUAUAAUCAAUCUGUCCAUAAUCCUAUCUCUUGCUGUCUUCUACCAGCUGUUAUAACAAGAGUUGCAAAGAAUCGGCGGCGAUCCAAAAAAAAGAAUCUGCUUGACCUCCCUAAUGAUAUCAUCAUAGAUAUACUUAUUAAACUCCCAGCGGAAUGUGUUUUACGGUGCCAACUUGCGUCCAAACACCUCGAAAUCUUAGCCAAAACUCAUUUCUUUAUUCGCACACACCUUGCUCGAGCUACUUCUAUCAUCGGUGUGCAAUCGCUUUCACAAUCUACUGACCGAGCUAUCAAGUUUUAUUUCAUGGAUGAGCAGGCUAAGAAAGUUGAAGAAUCAAACCUGAAACUUAAUUUUUGCUAUACGGACGAAUGGCAUCCAGUCAUGCUUUAUGAUUCUUAUGACGGAUUUCUUUUAUUUAAGAGCAAAGAUAACUCAUCGAGAUCCAUUUUUGUCAUAUGGAAUCCUACAACUGAAGAACAAGUAACCAUUACGAUGGAAGGUUUAUACUUUCAAGUAUGUGGAUUUUAUUUCAAUCCUCGAAACAAGGAAUACGAGGUGCUUCUUCAAUAUUGGGCACGUGGAGGUGAUGAAAAGUUUGGCUUUGACAUAUUAAGUUUUGGAUCUAAAUUACGGAGAAACAUUGGCACAUACUCUUAUGUGCCAAGGAGUGAAAGACCCCCCACGAUAAUAAACGGGACAUUGUAUUGGAUGGUUGACAAGAUCCUCAGUAGAGGUGAGGUUAAUUGUUCAAAUUCAAUUAUGACAUUUGAAAUCGGAACAAAUAAGUUAAGCACGAUGCAACAUGGUGGAGCUCCCUGUGAGGCAGGUUAUAAUUUUGGUUCUAUUGGUUAUAAGCAUGAUUAUAUGCACUUAAUAGCGAUGGAAGGGCAACUGGGUUUAUGUGUUCUUUUGUCAUAUACUGAAUUUGUGCUAUGUGUUCUAAAUCCCGCAACAAAUAACUGGGCUAAAGCACACUCUGUUACCCUUCCCGAAUACACUAUGCCGGAAUAUAUCUCAUGUUGGCCAAAUGAGUUAUUUGUUGCGGAAGUUUUGAAGAUCAAAGAUGGAAAAUUGCUAUUCAGACAACAGAACAGACUGCUGCUUUGGGAUUUGGGUUUGAACACUCACAAGAUUAUUGAGAAGAAAGGAUUUGAGAAUGAUAAUUUUCGAUCAGUGAUUCAUACUCCUAGUCUAGUCUUUUUGGACACUGAUAAAUUGAUACAGUUAGACAAGUAA